UCUGAAAAUCGAUGAUAGAUGGGAUGUAGAUAUCCCAGAACAAGCCUUAAAAGAAGUAUUCUUAGGACAGGAUGUAGCUGAGAUACUUAGCAGGAGAAAACUACACAUUCGAGGCUUAACAA